UAGUGAAUGCGGGGUCCAGGGAGAGCGGAUAUAGUGAAUGCAGGGUCCGGGGAGAGAGGAUAUAGUGAAUGCGGGGUCCGGGGAGAGCAGAUAUAGUGAAUGCAGGUUCUGGGGAGAGCGGAUAUAGUGAAUGCAGGGUCCGGGGAGACCGGAUAUAGUGAAUGCGGGGUCCGGAGAGAGCAGAUAUAAUAUAGUGAAUGCAGGUUCUGGGGAGAGCAGAUAUAGUGAAUGCAGGUUCUGGGGAGAGCCUUCCCACUUAGCUGUUACUAGA